AUGAAGAGUUGGGGGCACGAUGGAAAAGACCCAAGAGAACCUGUUCCUAAUGGUCAUCAGGGAAACAUGAAAGCAGACAGAGGAGCCAGUCCAACAAUUUGUAAAGAACUCUGGUUAAAUACAAGACAAAUAUUACCAAUAGUUUCAGAUUGGUGUGAACAAAUUUGUUGGACUCGCCAUAGAGACUUGAAAAGAGCUUUAGAAAGCAAUCAUGGAUUGAAAGGAACUAAAGCUUGUGUUGUCUCCAUUGACAAUGCAGAGGAACCAAAAAUAAAAUCCCCAAUCCUCCAGAAUAGCCUUCUGAACAACUUCAUAUUUAAUGUGGAUUCAGUAAUUAUGAGAAAGGCAUACCAGGUUGGUUGUGGAAGGCUCAUCGAGACAAAUCCCUUGAAAUAUCAACAUCUUGAUGUUAGAGAAAUGAAGGGUUUCCAGGUUUUAGAAGAAUUUCCGUCCCAUGCAGUUGAUACUGGACAAGUUCGUAUGAGAAAAAGAAACUUUAACAACAGAAAUGAAGCUGUCAGUGAGCAGGACCUGGAUCAGAGACAACUGUACGAUGAAUUGUAUUCAUGUCCAGAUCCCUCUUGUCAGAAACAGUAUGUAAGGUCUGCCAAUCUCGAGAAACAUCUCACUCUGGGAAACCACCUUUACAGAAAAGCAGAGGAAACGGCGAUUGAUUAUGGCAUUAAAAUCUGA